GUGGAUAUAUUGGGUUUGGGUUGCACAAGUAGAAUCUUGAUGCACAAAAUUGGCUUCAAAGCGACACCGAAGACUAUUAUGAGAACAAUGGGAGUUAAAGGGCUUACACUUUAUCACUUGAAGUCUCAUUUGCAGAAAUACCGAUUGGGGAAGCAAGCAUGCAAGGAAUCAGCUGAUAACUCUAAGGAUGCUUCCUGUGUUGCAGAAAGUCAGGAUACUGGUUCAUCUACCACAUCAUCAAGAAUGGUUGCACAAGAUCUAAAUGAUGGCUACCAGGUGACUGAGGCUCUACGAGUACAAAUGGAAGUGCAGCGCAGACUGCAUGAACAGUUAGAGGUACAGCGUCAUCUUCAACUCCGGAUUGAAGCACAAGGCAAAUACCUACAGUCAAUACUUGAGAAAGCAUGUAAGGCUCUGAAUGAUCAGGCUGUGGCAUUUUCCGGUCUUGAAGCUGCUGGGGAAGAACUUUCUGAGCUGGCCAUCAAGGUCUCCAAUGAUUGUCAAGGGAUGAUACCACUUGAAACCACAAAAUUGCCAUCCUUGUCUGAACUUGCUGCAGCUUUGGAGAGCAAAAAUGCUUCCAACAUGCCAGCUCGUAUUGGCAACUGCUCUGUCGAAAGCUGCCUGACUUCAACCGGAGGUCCUAUUUCUCCCAUGGAUAUUGAGUCCACUUUCAAUACUAUUGUUGAUGUAUUCUUGUUUCUUGACAAGAAUGGAGAUGGGAAAUUGAACAAGAAAGACAUGAUCAAGGCAUUGAAUGAUUCCACUCCAUGGGAAAAAUCCCCAGCACAUGUCACUAGGACCAGAUUCAAGGAAAUGGAUUGGGUCAAGAAGGGGGAGGUUAGCUUCAGAGAAUUCCUCUUUGCUUUCGUCAAUUGGGUGGGAAUCGACAAUGAUGAAGAAGAAAUUACUGUGGAAUGAAGCUAAGGGCCUAUUUGAUGCAGCUUGUUGGAGCUUUUUUUUUUUUUUUUUGUACUAUUCAUGAGUGAUAAGUUUAAAUUUUUAUUUGAGAAAAAAUUUAAAAGUUGCUUUUAGAAAUAGAAAAAAGCUCUAAGUAUUCCAUAGAAAAUUAAAUACUCUUCAAUAAGAUCGGCUCCUUGCAUUUGUCUUGUGCAUAUAAUCCUUCUAUUGUGUUAGAUAUAUUAUAUGGAAAUGCAAUACAUGCUAGCAAGUGCU